AUGAGGACCCGGCGCGCCUGGCAUGGAGCCGGGUACCUCCGUGCCAGACAGCCUAAAACCUUCCCCACUCCUGAGGCCGGGUCGGACAGGUCGGACCAGCCCCAGUGGAGCCGCUUUGAAGUGAUGCUUCAUCCCAGCCGGCUGUACCAGUCGCGCUUCCACGGCCGCAGCCGGCUCCAUGCCAACCUCAGUCUGGAGAUCCUGCAUCUCGAGCUGGGUGACAGCGGCACCUUCUCGGCCCUGCUGGUGGACACGCGGGGCCGGACCGAGACACGCCUGCUCCAGCUCACAGUGCACGAGGCGGUGACGAAGGUGACCGUGGAGGUUUUUGUGCCCAGCCAGCGCCGGGCUGGCUCCGGGGAGCCUUGCGAGGUCUUCCUGUGCUGCACGGCAGCCCGUGGCACCGCCGUCACCUACAGCUGGGCCCCCCCGCAACGCCGGACGCGCACCGACUUCGCCCUGGGCAAGUGA